CGUUGGGAGUAUUUUGACUAUUUUGACGAUCCUUUGUCUUUGAGAAAUAGAUGGUUUGGGAUUUGUAGGUGUUCCGGGAGCCUCUGUGUUUUAGUUUUUUUAUGGCUGGGAACUUCUGCGGAAUUAUGGGAUAUAUGUGAUUAUAGGAUUUCAGGAAACUGUUUUUGGGGACAUCUGUGAAUUUGGGACAUUGCUGUGUCAGUUUUCGAAGGCAUGGAAUUUGUGAGGGGUUGGUUGAGCUUGGAGCCUUCUGGCCUGGAGGGGAUAUGUUCAGGUUUGGGAAGUUAAAAGUAGGGUUUGGAAGAGUCACAUAUUUGGGAGGUGGCAUUGAGAUUCUGGAGAUAAGGAUAGGAAUUGCUUGGGGGAUUUCAGAAUGUGUUCCAGGAUAACACAUUUGGUCUUUGCUGUGUUAGUUCCUGUUGCGGGGUGUCUAGAGGCACCAACCAUUUGAAUGUAUGGUUGGUAAACGGCCAUUGAUAGGGGCUGUAUGGCAUGGUUUUUUUGUUUGGUCUCAAGCAAGGAAUUGGGUGUCUAUAAGGAUUUGAAGGGAAGGUGGAACUAGGAUUUAUGGGGGUAAGAUUUUUAGGGUUAGGGCUAUUGCUGGUGUUUAGAGGCUGUCUGGAUUUUGAGUAGUGUUCAUGUCUACAGGACUGUAAAGUAAAUAGGGUUAUGUGGAUUUGUCUGAACUACAGGGAUAGGCAAACAUUUUGCACAGAUAGUAUUUUGGGCUCUGCAGGCCAUCUGUUCUCUGUUGUAGCUGUCAAUUCUGUCACUGUGGCAUGAAAGCAGCCAUAAACAGAGGAGCACAUUUCAAUAAAACUUUAUUUGCAAAGACAGAUAGUGGGCCAGAUUUGACUCUCUUGUCUUAUGUCUUAGUGUGCUGGCUGCUGACCAGCCCUCCCUCCCAUCCUAGGCUGUAGGCAUGUGGAAACCCAAGACUGGGAGGCUAUUUUGGUUUGGAGAUGUCUGGAGGGGAAUGGGCCAGGGAGACUGAACCUGGGAUGGACUGCCUCCGUGGAAAACAGUUGGGUCUGGCCGUGUAGCAAAAUGGCCUCCAACACAUCAUGCACACAGAGUUGUCGGAAAAGAAAAUGAUGAUUACUAAGUGAACCCUGAAUGGAAAAAUCCAGAAAUCGGGUUUGAGGAUCUGGUUUUGUCCUGUGUAUGCCUUCCCUACUCGGAUCCUCAGUUUCCCUGUAAGCAAAGUGAAGGAGGGAGCUGGGCUGCAGCAGGUCUUAGCCUGGGGUCGGGGGAUGCACUUUGGGGCAUUCCCUCACAGGCAGGACAUAGAGCUCCUAGAGAUUGUCAGAGAGCCCAAACAAAAGUGAAGCGCGGGUUUCUCCAGUGCCUGUCUGCCUCUGACCUCAGAUUUUCUUCCCCCGCCCAGCCCACCUCGUUCCUCCCUCCGUGGGCCCGAGCAGCUGGAGCUAUGGGCAGGGCUGGGAAUUCUUGUCUUUUCAGGAACUGGCUACUGAGUGAGCAAAUAGAAAAAGGAGGAGCUGUCUGGCAGUUGGUACUUGCACUUAAGAUUAAAGGUUACGGCCGCAGGAGGCCUGUGGAUGGUAGCCUGCGCAGCGCCCCCCCAGCCAGGCCCUGAGCCUCGGUGAAUCCCUGUUUGUCUGCCACCGUCCCCCAGAAUGGACCGCGGUAGCCUCCUGCCCUUCCAGCUGUGGUGCCCCCGGCCCUUUGGCACCUACUCACAGAACCAGCCACGCCCACCCGCGGCAGCCCUCAAGCCUUCAGCCUGCCCCGAGCCCGGCAGCAGUGCAGAGCCAGACCAGGGGCCUGCCCUCUCAGAGAAUACCCCGCCCACCUUGGCCUCCGAGGCCCCUGCCUCUCAGCCCGCUCCGCUUCUGUCCGCCGCUGGCGCCGGCGACGAGGGCCGUGUCCUGCUGGACACGUGGUAUGUUAUUAAGCCCGGGAAUACGAAGGAGAAGGUAGCCUUCUUUGUGGCCCACCAGUGUGGCGGCGGCAGCCGGGCCAGCUCCAUGAAGGUCAAGGGACACUGGGGCAGUGACAGCUCCAAGGCCAAGCGGAGGCGGCGCUGCCUGGAGUCGACCAAGGCCCCGCCGGACCCAGGGGGCCAGGGGGGGCCCCCUGCCGCCGAGGGGGCCCCAGCCUCAGCCGGUGAGGACGUGGACCUGCUCUCCGUGGCGGAGAUGGUGGCACUGGUAGAACAGCGGGCCGCCCUGGCCCUACAGAGCUACCCGCGCCCAGGCACCCCGGCGCCCGUGGUCUUCGUGUCCGCCGAGCAGGGCGGGCCUGCCAAGGGGCUGGGGUCCGAGCGGCGGGCGGGCGGCGGGGACUGCAGCCGGGUAGCGGAGGCGGUGGCCCAUUUUGAGGCCCAGAGAGACAGUCCUCCCGCCAAGGGCCUCCGCAAAGAGGAGCGGCCGGGGCCAGGCCCUGGCGAGGUGCGGAUAGCCUUCCGGAUCUCCAAUGGCCGGGAGCCUCGAGCCCCCGAUGGCGGCGUGCCCAGUGGGAGUGGGGGCCGGCCGGGCUGUGCCUACCCUGGCAGUCCAGGGCCUGGGACCCGAGCCAAGGACAAGAUCACCUGCGACCUGUACCAGCUCAUCAGCCCUUCCCGGGACGCCCUCCCCAGCAACGUGGAGUUCCUGCUCGCCAGGGCCGAUGAGGCCAGCAGCGAGGGCGAGGCCCCGGCCCAGCCCAGGCCGGAGGACACUCCCCCGGCACCCCCUCCUCCCCCUGCCCGGGACUGCGGGGCCUCAGGCUUCCACGUGGAUGUGGUGGUGACCGGCGUGGUGGACGAGUGCAUCUUCUUUGGCAAGGACGGCACCAAAAACGUGAAGGAGGAGACCGUGUGCCUGACGGUCAGCCCCGAGGAGCCGCCCCCACCCGGCCAGCUCUUCUUCCUCCAGUCCCGGGGGCCUGACGGGCCUCCCGACCCCCCUCCCGCUGACUCGCCGGCAGUGGCGCCGGGCCCAGAUGACGCCGAGGCGCCGGCGGACACGUCCCUGUGCCGCCUGUACCGGCACGUGUCGCACGACUUCCUGGAGAUCCGCUUCAAGAUCCAGCGGCUGCUGGAGCCGCGGCAGUACAUGCUGCUGCUGCCCGAGCACGUGCUGGUCAAGAUCUUCAGCUUCCUGCCCACUCGCGCCCUGGCGGCCCUCAAGUGCACCUGCCACCACUUCAAGGGCGUCAUCGAGGCGUUCGGUGUGCGCGCCACGGACUCGCGCUGGAGCCGAGACCCCCUCUACCGCGACGACCCUUGCAAGCAGUGCCGCAAGAGGUACGAGAAGGGCGACGUGUCGCUCUGCCGCUGGCACCCCAAGCCCUACCACCACGACCUGCCUUACGGACGUUCCUACUGGAUGUGCUGCCGCCGGGCUGAUCGCGAGACGCCGGGCUGCCGCCUGGGUCUUCACGAUAACAACUGGGUGCUGCCCUGCCACGGGCCUGGCGGGGGCGGGGGCCGGGCCGGGCGUGAGGAGGGGAGGUGA